UUUUUGAAAAAAUGAUCGGGUUUUUUUCUAUGUAUAAAUAUCUUAAUGUAACCAAGUGAUUGAAUAAUUUUUUUAAAACUAAAACAGUAACCAAUUUGUUCACAAGUUGCAGAAUAAUUUCACUAUAACUAUAAGAGGUAAAAAUGAAUUAUUUUAGCGAAAUACAUAUUAUUUUACUGAAAAUAAUAAUUUCAAAUGUUAUUGUUUAUACACAUGAUGAAAUGAGUCAGAAUACUGAAAUUCAAAAAUCUAUUACUAUUGACGAUUUAAAUAUACUCAUUAGGGAGUAUCCUGCAUUUAUAAAGUUGACGUUACAAAAACAAGAUUAUUACACAGGAAAAAAUGUAUCUCGUUAUCAUAUGCCUUAUAACAAAAAUACUAUAUUAGACGAUCUUGAUCUUGAUAUUGUGCAGUCUAAGUAUUUCAACCCUAGAAAAUGUAAAAAACCUUGGACGUUGACACAACAAAAUGAAAUAGAUGUUCCUGUUCCCAUUGACGAUGCAAUUGGUAAAAAAUUAGGAAAUAUCAUUAAACCAUGUAUAAAAAACAAUACCAAUAUUAUCCAAUGUUAUACUCAAUAUCUGAAUGUUAUUGAAAGCGUUGGUUUAACAUUAGUAGACAGAUUUUGUUUGUUUAUACUUGAAGUAAUAGAUAGACUUGAUGAUUUAAAUGACAAUGCAGAUUUUAUUAAUGAUUUCAGCUUGUUUGAUAUUACAAUUAAUUUUGCCGUUUUAAACAUUAUUAUAGAGAAAUUUGCUGUUCUUUUUUAUAAUAUUUUGUCUUCAUUCAAACGAUAUUAUAUUUCUACUCUGCCUCUUGACUGUGUUUCGGAUGUCUUGACUACAUUUACAACUAAUAUUAUUUUAUAUGAUGGUCCAUUUAUAGAAGACUUAGAUGUAUAUUAUGAACAAUUGUUGAAAUGUAGGGAAUUAAUGAAAUCAAAAAAAAAUUACGUGGUUUUAGACAAUGAUCAAUACUGGAAAUGGGAUUAUACAUCUGAUUACAAACCUGGUGAUGAUUUAAUGAUUCUCGCACAACAGGAAAAUAAUAUUAUAGGAUUAAAUCUAUUUGCUACAAUAAAUUAAAAUAAUUUUGUGCUUUUAAAUCAUAAGGAAUUUUUAACUCAUUAUUCCGAAAUAAAAAUUAGCUAUUUAAAACUUUUGUAAAUUAAAUGUUUUAACUAAUCUAGUGUAAUUGUAAUACUCUAAUUUAAUGUAUAUUAAGAAAUUUUUAAAUUUUAACAUUGAAUACAAUUCAAUUUGUAUGAGUUUUU